AUGAACAAUCAAAGUUCAGUGACAGAAUUCCGACUCCUGGGCCUCUCAAGUUUUCCAGAAAUACAGCCUCUACUCUUCAUGACCUUCUUGCUCAUCUAUCUGCUGACCUUAGCUGGCAACUUCUCUAUUUGCUUGGCUAUCCGAGCAGACACCACACUCCACACCCCUAUGUACUUUUUCUUGGUCAACUUGUCUCUCUUAGACAUCUCCUACUCUUCUGUCACUCUCCCCAAUAUGCUAGUGAAGUUGGUGGCCAAAAUUAAAUCACUUUCUUUCUCCAGUUGCAUGGCCCAGAUGUACUUUCUCAUCUCCUUUGCCGGGUCUGAAUCUUUGCUUCUAGCACUGAUGGCUUACGACCGCUACAUGGCGAUCUGCCGGCCUUUGCACUACGCAACCAUCAUGAAUCGCAGAACUUGUCUGUGCUCUGCCACUGCUAUAUGGAUUGGUGGCUUUGUCUACUCAAUGAUACAUACGUCCUUCAUAGCCAGGCUACCGUUCUGUGGUCCCAAUGAAAUCAACCACUUCUUCUGUGAGAUCCCUCCUUUGAUCAAGUUGGCCUGCACGGACACCUAUCUCAACGAGGUGCUGGUUUUUCUGCUCAGUGGAGCAGUAGGUGGAAGUUGCUUCCUUGUCGUUUCCACGUCGUACACUUGCAUACUAGCCACCAUCAUGAAAAUCCACUCGGCCCAGGGCAGACGCAAAACUUUCUCUACCUGUGCGUCCCAUCUCCUCACAGUCCUGCUCUUCUACGGGCCCGGUUUCUUCACCUAUCUCCGCCCCUCCACUAGUUACUCCAUGAACACUGGCAAAGUGGUCUCUGUGUUUUACACCGGGGUCACCCCCAUGCUGAACCCAAUGAUCUAUAGCCUCAGAAACAAGGAUGUGCAAGUUGCCUUCAGGAAAGCCAUGGGAAGAAGUGGGAAGUAG